UGCUAGCUGAUAAUACAACCCGUUAUAUAUGAGCAAUGGUUUUAAAAGCACCUACUAAUAACUCUGUUUUCAGUAGAAAAUACACUAAAUAGAUAAUUGCAUAGGGCUACUGACGUUUAUAUGCCACCAAAAAGUUUUCAUAUCAAUUUUCAUAUCAUUGCAAAAAGAUGAGCGUGUUACAUUUGACAGUUUUUCUUGGACUGUUUUCGUUUAAUUUGGCGCUUGAUAAUGGCUUAGCGUUGACACCGCCCAUGGGUUGGCUAACUUGGCAGCGGUUUAGAUGUAUAACAGAUUGUGUUAAAUAUCCAAAUGAAUGCAUAAGUGAAGCUCUGAUAAAGCGUACCGCAGAUCGAAUGGUAGAUGAAGGCUAUCUAAAGGCAGGCUACAACUAUGUGGGUAUCGAUGACUGCUGGUUGGAGAAAGAGCGCGAUGUUCAUGGUAAUCUGGUGCCAGAUAGGCAACGAUUCCCCAAUGGCAUGAAAGCUGUCGCUGAUUAUCUUCACGACAGAGGCUUUAAGUUUGCGUUGUACCAAGAUUAUGGAACUAAAACUUGUAUGGGCUACCCAGGCGUACUGGGACACGAGGCGGGCGACAUAAACUCUUUUGUAAAAUGGGAUGUCGACUAUAUCAAAUUGGACGGAUGUUUCAUAGAUACAGCGAAAAUGGAUGAGGGUUACCCUUAUUUUGGUAAAUUGUUGAACGACUCCGGACGACCGAUAGUAUACUCGUGCAGUUGGCCUGCCUAUCAAAAAGAACCGAACUAUGCGUCCAUCGCCAAACAUUGCAACUUGUGGCGAAAUUGGGAUGAUAUCCAGGAUUCCUGGGGAUCACUCAGUUCUAUUAUGACAUGGUUCGCUGAGCAUCAGGACGAAUUCACCAAAUAUGCUGGCCCUGGACAGUGGAAUGACCCUGAUAUGCUGCUAAUAGGUAACUUUGGUCUAUCGUUAGACCAAGCGAAGGUCCAGAUGGCGGUUUGGUCGAUAUUAGCGGCUCCGUUGCUAAUGAGCGUAGAUCUGGAUACGAUUCGACAAGAAUUUAAGGAAAUUCUCCUCAAUCGCGAUAUCAUCAACAUUGAUCAAGAUUCAUUGGGCAAGCCAGGGUCGCGUGUGUGGAAUCAGUCUAAAUGUGAGAUUUGGAACAGGAAGCUGGCAGACGAAUCAUACGCAUUGGCGUUUGUGAACAGACGCGAUGAUGGAGCGCCGUAUUCCGUUAAAGUUUCAUUUGAUUCAAUGAAAAUCCCGAAGCAGGCGUACGAAGUCAAUGACCUUUAUAAAGAGGAAAUGGAUCGAUCUUUUGGACCUACAGGCGAAUUUGAAACGAGAAUAAAUCCGUCAGGUGUAAAGUUUUAUAAGUUCAUACCGAAGAAAUUUAACGAGAUUGACGUGAAGACUUGAGAUAUGAUACGAUAAAUAUUUGUUUUUGAUAAUAAGUAAUAAAUACGAAUUCAGACA